AUGGAUGCCAGUUAUAUUGCCAACUUGAGAAAGGUUUUAUCCGACUCGUCGCCAAAAAGAAAGCGAAACCGACUGGGUGUAAAAGCUGGCUCACGAGGGAAAAAGAAGAAAAGUCUGCCAGCCCCCAGCAAUCCUCCCCAUUUGAAAAGACCUGUGCGGAAAACUGAUUCAUUGGAGAGCGAUAUCCAGUCAUCUAUGUUCCGUUUCCUGAAUGAAAAGAUGUAUAAGUGUUCCAGCGCUGACGCUUACCAGUACUUUUUGGAGAAUCCAAGUGCAUUUGAACUCUAUCACAAGGGAUUUCAACGGCAACUUCAAAAAUGGCCCACCGAUCCACUCCAGUGGCCGGAACAGAUCAUCCGAGAAGAAUUCAAAAAAUCGCCAGUUGUAGCUGAUCUAGGUUGCGGUGAUGCGCGUUUAGCUCUGCACCUCAAGGGUCUUGCAAAGGUCCAUUCAUUUGAUCUUGUUGCCGUCAACAGCAGGGUGACAGUAUGCGAUAUGUCCAGGGUAAUUUCACUGUCCUCAACAGAAGCUCCUUUUGUCUUAUGCUUAGCUCCGCCUACAAUUAACUGGUACCCCACCAGAAGUACGAAUUCCGAGGUACCCGGCAUUUUAGAAAGCUAA